AUGGCAGGCCCUAUCACUCCAUAUUGGGCUGCUUCGGCGCACGCGAUUUCCGGCGCCCUUAUCCACAUUGCAGCAAACAAAUCAACACACACUCGCGUUGCUCUCUCAGGCAUCUCCUCUUCGAUAUCACUGGCUUGCUGGAUUGUUCUUCUUUUGCCCCAGCUUAUCGAGCAGUGGAGACUAAAGUCUUCCGAAGGUAUCUCGCCUAUCUUUAUCGGCAUUUGGUUUAUUGGUGAUUUGUGCAACCUCUCAGGAUCGAUAUGGGCUGGUCUGCUUCCAGGUGUCAUUCUUCUUGCCUUUUGGUUCUGCUUUACUGAUGCCCUCAUGUUUUUCUCUUACUUUUAUUACAAGCAAUCUAAGUUCCAAAACCACCACCAUGUUAUUCGCCGCCGUUCGACUUUUGGUCACCAGGCCGAGGAGGCCGGCCCCAUUGAAUACAACAAUAAUAAUAACAACAACAACAACAAUAGCAGUAGCAGCAGCAACCAACAACAAGUUGCUGACCCUUCACAACCUCUCCUUGGUAGACGGGACUCUGUCAGCUCCCAAGGCCCUUCAACUUAUACCGAGCCUACUGCUCAAUCAUCACAGCCUGCAAGCACUCGUCGGAAAUCAUCAAAGAAACAACGACGUGACUCUCUUGCUUCUAUUAUUGACGCUCCAUCAACUUCUUCCAAUGUAUUUCAGCAGUACUUGCUCCCCAUUUUAUUUGUCAUUGCUGCUGGUGUCGUAGGAUACCUCUUUUCUGACCAAGAAACUGAGGGCCAGAACCCUGGCAAUGACGAUGGCAGUGAUUCUCCCAAAGCAGUUGGUCCUGAAAUCUUGGGCUAUCUUUCUGCUGUUUUAUACCUGGGUGCUCGCAUCCCCCAAAUCAUUCAAAACUACCAGAAAAAGUCCGUUUACGGUCUUUCUCUCUUGUUUUUCCUUUUUUCCAUCAUGGGAAACAUCAGCUACGCUGGUGGAAUCUUAUUUUAUUGUAAUGAUUGGGAAUAUGUUAAGGUUUACCUUCCUUGGCUGCUGGGGUCCUUGGGAACUGUUUCCGAGGAUAUCAUCAUCAUCAUUCAAUUUUUUGUCUAUGGUGCCUAUGUAGCAGCUCCAAAUGACUCUGCAAUUUUAGAAGAAUAA